CCGGCCUAGAAUUUCAUAUUUAUUUUAUUAACACAUUAAAUAAAACCAAUAAAAUGUUAUAUUUGCGCAAAAUAACUCUGCGAAAUAAUUCGAAAGUUAGUAACUUUCGUAGAUUCAUAUCAGUCCUCUAUCUAACGGGUGACAAAGCAAAAGAAAACUAUGCUCCAAUUGCUCCCUACUUGGAAUUCCAGAAGCGACUUGAUAACUUAUCUUCUUUCCAAAACAACAUCUCACGACGUGGCUUGAAUGUCGACCUGGAAUCUCUUAAAAAUAAGUACGAACAUUUCUUGGACUUGCAACAGAAAAAGGCUGAUUUAGAACGAGCCCGAGAGGAGAUAAGUAAGAAAAUAAAAGAAUUAGAAAAGAGCUCUAAAGAUGUUUCAAUUGAUGAACUUAAGGCAAAUGGUAUUAAUGUACGAAACUCCCUAAAAGCUCUUAAAGAGAGUAUUUAUCCGGUAGAAGACGAGUUUGUUCGGGAGUUUCUUUGUCUUCCCAACGACCUGCAUAAAAGAUGUCCCCAAGGCACCGAAGAUGCAAUCAUAUACAGAAGUGGUCUACCCCCACAGAAUACAUCAUCUGCCUCAUCACACCUAAUCCGUACAGAUUUGAUUAACUAUGUGGAUAGGGAUUGUUAUUACUUACUCGACAAUGCCGCUCAAUUCGAACUUGAUUGCACUCACCUCUGUCGGGAUCUAUUCGUCCGAAGUGACUUUGUAUCGAUGACAAAUCCUGAUUUCACCAGAAAAGUACUAAUGGAAGCCAACCUCACACCUUUGAAUGAGUAUCACGGAGUCUACGAAGAAGACCAACGUCAUCAUCUGAAUUCAGCUUUCCUCGCCGGUGGUGGUUCAUAUGAGAGUUUCCUCGGGUACUUAGCUAAACUUUUCGUGUAUCCCUCAGUUCUACCACUACGAAUGAUCAGUAACGGUCGGCAGUAUAAAAUAAAGGAAGAACUUCCAACCGAAAUGGGUCUCUAUGCCGCAACGCAAUGCAAUUCAGUUCAAACUCUUGUUGCUAGUCCCACUCUUGAAGAAGCUGAUCGGCAAUUGGACGACAUUCUUAAUUUGGCUGUCGACUUCUACAAAGGCCUAGGUUUACAUUUUAGAGUGGUAUUUGUCAAGCCUUCUUCUCUGGCUCCCAGUGAAUCAUUGAGGGCAUCUAUUCAGAUUUAUUCACCUGCUUAUUCACAAUAUGUGGAAGUGGGAAAUGUAAGUCAUUACCUUGACUUUGUUUCCCAAAGAAUACUUUUUAAUACGAAGGACAAGAAGGACACAAAGUUCUUACAUUUGGUUGGUGGUCCAAUAGUUAAAUCUUCAGUACUAGUAGCAGCUAUGAUUGAAAAUCAGGUGCCUCUGACGGUUACUCGCAGUUGCAGUAAGAAAACUCAAGUUGAAGUUUUUAAAAGUCUCUUUGAAUAACUCAAUAAAUUAGAAUAAAUAAGUUAUAAAAG